AUGUCUUCCCCAAGCAAGAGACGAGAGAUGGACUUGAUGAAACUGAUGAUGAGUGAUUACAAAGUGGAGAUGAUUAACGAUGGAAUGCAAGAGUUUUAUGUUCAUUUUCAUGGACCUAAUGAAAGUCCUUAUCAAGGAGGUGUGUGGAAAGUAAGAGUUGAGCUACCGGAUGCUUAUCCUUAUAAAUCUCCUUCCAUCGGCUUCAUCAAUAAGAUCUAUCACCCGAAUGUUGAUGAGAUGUCAGGAUCGGUUUGUCUUGAUGUUAUCAACCAGACCUGGAGCCCCAUGUUUGAUCUUGUCAAUGUAUUUGAGGUGUUUCUGCCACAACUCCUUUUGUAUCCAAAUCCAUCGGAUCCGUUGAAUGGAGAAGCUGCGGCGUUGAUGAUGCGUGACCGGCCUACUUAUGACCAAAGGGUUAAAGAGUACUGCGAGAAAUACGCCAAGCCAGAAGACAUCGGAGCUGCGACAGAAGAGAAAUCCAGUGAUGAUGAAGAUGAGGAGCUAACUGAAGAUGAAUAUGAUUCUAGUGAUGAACAGGUGGCUGGUAAAGCAGACCCUUAG